AUGGGGUUAGAUGAUGUAUUUCAUGCCAACCUGAGCGAUGUGAUUGACGGCGAGGAGCUCAUUUGCGAUGAAAUCCAACAGAAAGUAUAUUUGGAGAUAAACGAAGAAGGAGCCGAAGCUGCUGCAGGAAUGGUGUCGACUGUAACCACAGCUUCCGACGAGGAGGUGCCUCCCAAAAGUGGAUUAUAUAUCUACGAAGCAAAUAUAUCUUCCGAAAUCACCAACCGUUUUUCCAAGACUAAGGUGGUGUGGAGGGUGAAAAACAUCAACAAGAAAGCGGCAGAUGCUGACUUUAAAGUUGUUCUAACCGAUAUGGCUUUCAUUACGGAUUUUGUCAUGGAAAUCGAGGGCAAAAUUUACAAAUCGUGCAUAAAAGAAAAAGAGGAGGCAAAAAAUAUUUAUAAAGAAGCAAUAGCGGGUGGGCACAGUGCGGGGCUCGUCGAAGCAAAAACGAGAGAUUCUAAGGAAUUUACAGUGUCGGUAAAUCUAGAGCCCGAUUCGGUGGUGGUAUUUUCUUUAACUUACGAAGAAAUGCUCCAAAGGAUCCACGACCAAAACGAAUUGGUGCUGAAUAUUUGCCCUGGGCAAAUCGUGGACGAUUUAAAUGUUGAGAUUCGUAUUAAUGAGAGUCGACCCCUGAAAUUUGUAAAAACGCCACCUCUGAUAUCAGGAAAUGACAUGAAUACGUCGGAGUACGACCAGAUUCUCGAUCCUCUGUCGGAUAUUAAAAUAAUAAAUCAAAGAACGGCUUCCAUCAAGUUCCAUCCUAACGCGGCGAGGCAAAGAAAACUGACUCACUUUUUGGGAAAUAAAACAAACGAUGGCUUGUCAGGUCAGUUUGUCGUACAGUACGACGUAGAAAGGGAACCCCUGAACGGAGAAGUACUGCUACAAGAUGGCUAUUUCAUUCACUUCUUUGCCCCGAACGACCUAGAUCCGUUACCGAAGCAUGUCAUUUUUGUGUUGGACACUAGCGGGAGUAUGAGGGAAAGGAAAAUUGAACAGUUGAAAGACGCUAUGAUGAAUAUUUUGAGCGAUUUGAACAAAGAUGACAUGCUGAGUAUUAUCGAAUUUAACAAAUAUGUUACAGUGUGGGAUGUUGACUCGCAACAAUCAGCUACCGUGCCUAAGAGUAAAAUUACAGAUUUCAACGAUCCUUUUGCCUCUUUACAAAAAUGUAUAUUGGCAGAUCCGCGACUCGUUAGUGACGAUAUUAUAAAAAAAGCAAAGGAGGUUGUUCAAAAUAUUGCAGCCACGGGUAGCACCUUCAUGAUUGGCGGUUUGGAAACGGCUUUGUAUCUAGUGAAAAGAGGACAACAGAAAAAUAAAGACGGAGACCAGAGACUUCAACCCAUUAUAGUAUUUCUAACCGAUGGACAACCUAAUGUCGGUAUUCGUUCAACAGAGCAUAUUACUGAACUAGUAACUCGUUUGAACGUGGAUAUCAAGGCGCCUAUAUUCUCUCUCUCUUUUGGAAAUAACGCAGAUAAAGACUUCCUGAGAAAGUUAUCAUUAAAAAAUUUGGGUUUCUCGAGGCACAUAUACGAAGCCGCCGACGCCUCUUUGCAGCUGCAGGAGUUCUACAAGCAGAUUUCCUCCCCGCUCUUGCACGACAUAAAAUUCAAGUACGAUGCGGAAGUGGCGGAAAUCACGAGGACUUGGUUCCCCAUUUACUUUAGGGGCUCCGAGUUGGUCGUUGCAGGAAAAUGCGGAGAACAAAUAUUUCCGACUACCGUCCACUGUUGUGGACCUCACGGUGCGGUAGUAAUAAGCUCAACCAUGGAAAAUCCCGCAACGUCCCUGGAAAGACUGUGGGCCUACCUCACCGUGAAACAGUUGCUGGAUGCGAGGGAUUCCGCGGUAAAUUCCGAAGAGUUAACCAAAAAGGCCGUUACUUUGGCACUUAAAUACAAUUUUGUGACAGACGUAACGUGUCUGGUGGUGGUAAAACCGAACGAAACUGCUCUUGUCCUUGAAGAUCAUGCUGCGUAUAUGAGAGCUAGAGAAAUGGCCCUUUUAUGUGCAGCAUAUCCUGAAGUCCAGUGUAGCAUUCCAAGCAAGAAAAAGCGACUGUUCAUGUUAAGUGCAGCAACUCCCAAAAUCCGAGGGAGAGAAGCAGACAUUUGCUCUUUGAGUCUCGACAUUUCUCAUGAAUCGGUUGGUGACCAACUUGAAGAUAUGGAGUCUGAUUCUGAGAAGAAACCUGCUGAGGAGUUUACAGCAGACCACCCCUUCUUGAUCUUCUUGCAAAUAGAGAAAGACGAUGCCGUCCUGAUACUUUUCCAGGGCCUUGUUUUCAAGCCCAGUUAUUAAUUACGACAAAUUUGUCACUUCGCUAUGUAGGUAUGUGAUAUGUGGCAUUAUGUGAGUCAGUUACUGAUUUCACAGACCCACCAAGGCAAGUGUUAUGGUUUCGUGUGUUUUCUCAUUUGAGUUGGUUAUCGACCUGUGGGAUGUGCUGGUAACCUAAUUAAAAAUGGCUUAUAUUUUGCAGCAUUGGAAAAAAUUAAAUAUAUAUGUCACUUAAGGUGCGUUUUCUUGAAUUAGUUCUGGAGUGAUCAGAUUUGAUAGUAUGACAUUUAUCGAUAAAACGAAUUCAUAAACUGACACUAUAAUGUCGUCAUAUAGCAGGUACAUCUGUCAACCGUCAACAAAAUAAACAGUAAACAGUCUCUGUUAUUGUUCAUGUUACCGUAUGCAGUAAUGGAGUUGUGUUUGGUUCAUUUAUGGUUAAACGGUAGAUGCGUUGUUCUAUCCUAUACGUAUAUAUCAUGGUGAAUAUUUUUUUAUCGAUCUGAUUUAAUACACAUCUUAAUACACAAUUAUUAAAGCUGCGUAAGUAUUCGUAAAUGAGCCUUUGGUAACAUAAGUUACAUAAUCUUACAUUGCUCCCUUCCCUACAAAUAAUUCCAGGCAUUUCGUUCCAAAUCACAGAACCAGAAUAAGAAGACCAAUCUGCAAAUUUAAUUCUGGACUCAAUCCAAAAAUCACGCCUUUAGAUGUGAGAUUUAAGAUACUUCUUUACUAAUUAGUUAUAAAAUAAAUAUAUUUUAUACAAUCUUUUAUAUUUUACUGUUUUUUUUU